AUGGCAGACAGCAGUGAGAUGACCAUCAAUCUUGUUGUCUUUGGAAGAACUCAGACCGGCAAAAGCGCUGCGGGGAACAGCCUGCUGGGCAGCACGGACUUCGAGAGCCACUGCUCCCCAAGCUCGGUGACUACACGCUGCAGCCUUGGACACAGCUGCCGCAUUUUGGGGAUUAUAAGAAGAAAUGGCUGCGAGCUAGCUCUCCGUGUUCGAGUACUUGACACUCCAGGCUAUCCUCACAGUGGUCUGAGCAAAGAGCAGGUGAGAGACACAGUGAGGUCAGCCCUGGCUCGCCACUUUGGGGAGGAAGGCCUGCACCUAGCUCUCUUGGUCCUGAGGGCUGACCUGCCCCUGUGUCCGGACGAAAGCAAUCACACAAUUCAAUUCAUUCAGGAACUUCUGGGUCCCACAUGGAAGGAUUUCACUGCAGUUCUACUUACUCAUGCAGACAAGGCAGAAGAGGCUGGAUUCAGUGAGGAAACAUACUUGAAUAGUGCCUCAAGUACCCUGCUGUCCCUUUUGAGCUCAGUACAGCAUAAAUACAUUUUCCUAGACAACCAGAAGAGUAAAAUUAAAGAGGAAAGAGUUAUUGUGUUAAAAAAGCUCUUGAGUUUUAUAAGACAAAAUAAUUACCAAGUGCUUCAACUCAAACACAGCAACGAAUAA